AUGGUCGGACUGCCAGAUUACGAAGUGCUUCACUUCUGUUUCGACAACGACAAUGGAUGCUCCUUGACCGUACUUGCAAAUGACGAACGAUUUCAUGUCACCGUCAACCCGAAGCAGUUCCAAGACCGAUCGAAGAAAGGGAAAGAUAUCCAGCGAUGUUACAGGCAACUGUUGCAAAAGGCAAAGGCAGCAGAGGAGGAGGAGGAUCAGGAGGAUGGCGCAACAAGUCCUUCCGAGGAUGAGACUGAUAUCGACAACUCUGCGGACGAUGCAGAGAUGAUUGAGGAUCGAGAUAGUGCCAUCGAUGUCUCGACUCCAGAACUGGACGAGAAGGCCAACGAAGGAGACAAUGGCUCGGAGCCUGCCAGAGAUCUGCACAACUGGAUUCUGACGCCUCUCUGUCAGCAUCUACCUUCCAGCUCUUCCAAGGCCAAGACAACCCUGCAGGAUUGGUACCACAAACCCAUCCAGUUUUACACGCUCUCCACCGCUUCAGGCAAACUGCAAGCCAAAGAGAACACUUCUCCGGCCAAAUCGCUUACUGAUCGCCUCGAUGAAAUCUUGAUACCAACCGUGUGCCUCCCCAAGAAGACUCUCAACCUGUCAAUUCCUCAAUUCAAUGCCUCGGACCUCACGGUCAUCUCUUGCGCCACCGAUCCGGCUCCUUUCCACCCAGUCCUCGUUUCACACAAGAAAGAGACCUACUUCCUCAAGCCCGUCGAUCCUACCCAGCCUGGUCCUACCAUCCGUGAGAUCCACCUCUUACACGCCAUUGCCAAGAAGGGUCUGCAUUCAAGAGAAGAUUUCCGAUGUACAGAGCUUCGAGGUCUUGUGCAUUUCUCCUCGGAGUCGUCAUCGAAAACAUCCGGCGAGAAGAAACACAUCGCCGCCCUGCUCCUCUCACCUAUUCCUAACCCAACUCCUCUUACCCUGCUUAUAGAUACGACCGUCUCUGAACAGAAGCGUGAGCAGUGGGCGAAGGAUGCGGCACGGAUGGUUGAAGUGCUGCAUGAAAAUGAUCUUGUGUGGGGAGAUGCGAAGGGAGACAAUUUCCUGGUCGAUGGCGAGGAGGAGAAGGUGUGGAUGAUUGAUUUUGGAGGUAGUUGGACAGAGGGGUGGGUGGAUGAGAAGCUUAAGGAGACGGAGGAAGGGGAUUGGAUGGGAACUGAGAAAAUUGUUAACGCGUUGGAGGAUCCUGUGAAUGGGACAACUGAUGGGGACGAGGAGCAAGAWGUGGGAGAGGAAGCAGAAGAGCAAGGAACGGAGGAGGAAGAAGAAGGAGAAGCUGAGGACGAGGAUUCAAAUGGAACCGAACCAGAAGAGCACGCGAAACCACGCGAAGCAGAGGAAGAGGUGCACGAUGCGGACGAAAUCGAAGAGCGGGAUGCAGACGACGACGAAGGCAGCGAGGGUCUCGACGAAGAGAAUCACCAAAGUCACUCUGCGGACGAUCAGACAAUCUCAACAUCUAGUUCAUCUGCACGCAAGCGCAGUCACGCCGCAAUUACAGAGGACAAGGACAACCAAGCACCUCCGUCCAAGCAGCAGAAACGUUCGCAAGAUGCCAAGUAUUGCUUCUGCGACUCUGCAUCUUCUGGACGCAUGCUUGCAUGCGAUGGUGAGCAGUGCAGGCGAAUGUGGUUUCAUUUCGACUGCUUGGGGAUUGAGGAGGCACCGCAAGAGAGGCAGUGGUUUUGCGACGAGUGCAGAUGA